AUGAUUCAAACUGAGCGGUGCACAGUUUUAUUGGAGUUCCUCGCUUCAGAACUGGACGCUGUAGUCUUUGGUGUUGACUAUCGGCUUGCGCCGGAGCAUCCUUUCCCUUUGCCACUGGACGACUGCAGCGAUGCAUUGGAUUGGGUGAUCCGAAGCGCAGCAGAAUAUACCGUGGACCCAACCCGCAUCGGUUUGUUAGGAGGUUCAGCCGGUGGACAGCUGGCCGCUGCGCUCGCACUUCGAUACUCGCAGGCACCUGCAGUGGCAGCAAAGCCGCAGUUGAGAAUGGUCAGCCUCGUCGUUCCAGUCACCGCUCAUCCAAAGGCACAAAGGCUGUUCGAGCAGGAGCGCCGCGUUCUGAAGAGUGACAACGAACUUGCAUUCGCAAAUGAGCCUUCGCCCUCCGAAGCAGUAGUUGAAGAGUUUGAGAAGUUGCUCCGAAUGUAUCUGGGUGACAAUGAAGAUGUUUUUGACCCUUUCGUGUCUCCUCUGAUGUCGAAACCUGAAGAACUGUUGAAACACCCUCGCACUCACAUUACCGUCUCCGCUUGUGAUGUCCUACGAGAUCAAGCUCUGGCUUAUGGUCAGUUGCUCCGGUCAGCUGGGGUGCAGGCAACAGAAGAAGUCUUGCAAGGUGUGCCACAUGGAUUUACAUUCCCAACAAAUGCAGAGGUAACCAGGGGAUGGUUCGAGAGUCAAAGAGAUCUUUUCAUGGAAGCGUUUCAGUGA